AUGGCCGAACCCAUUGCGAGCCCCCCUGAAAAGCAGGGCGUGGCGCACCUCGAAGGGAUCCCAGCGAAUGUCGAUGACGUGAAAACUAAAGUCGACGGAUAUGGUAGCUACGGCCUCGUGAAGUCGACGUUUGAUGAGCUGUCCAUCCCCCGAACAUUGUGGAUUUUCAAGCGGGUCCUCCUCGUCUCGCUCGCCGUUUACACUGGUUACGUCUGCGAAGGUUUCGAGCUCAAUGCUGGGGGCAGUGUCAUUGCCAACACUGGGUUCAUCAAGCAGUUUGGGGAAAAGGGUGGCACAGGCGUCAGUGCUCUUGACGCUACUUGGGUGUCUACCUGGAGUGCUCUUCUCAAUGUCGGUCAAAUCGUCACGUUCACUUACAUCUCUUGGUUCGCCGACAGAUUUGGUCGCAAGGCAUCGUUCUACGUUGCAUGGGCUUGGCUUGUCGUUGGCUGCAUUUUCCUCAACACGGCCAAGAGUCCGUCUGUAUGGGCUCUCGCGAAGCUUUCCAAUGGCGCAGGUAUCGGCGUCCUCCAGGUCACAUGCCAGGUUUACAUCAUGGAGAUCUGUCCAAACAGGAUCCGAGGCGGCAUGGUCAUUUUCCAAGCAGUCUGGUACAUCGACUCCUCCCCGGAGUUACAUUGGCGGUAUCAUUGUCUCUGUCAUGAUGCAGCAGCUCAAUCAGAAGUACCCGGACAAUUAUUUAGUGGCUAUGCGGAUCCUCUGGGCACCAAUCGGACUGAUGAUAAUCUGCUGGGUCUUCGUCCCCGAGUCGCCCUGGUUCCACGCCGGCCGUGGGGACAGAAAGAAGGCUUUGAAGGUUAUGAAGCAAUUAUAUGGCGGUGUGACCUUGAAGAGGAGUAUGGGAUCAUCGAGAGGACCAUCGAACACGAGAGGGAGGUGCUGCAGGGCCAACCAAGAUAUGUCGACAUCUUCAAGGGUCCCAACCUCAAGCGCACCCUCACCGUAAUGCUGCUCGCCAUUUCCCAGCAGAUCGCUGGUCUCGCCAUCAUCAGUACCUACUCCACCUGUGCGAAACAUCUGCUGCAACCUCCUCGCUGUCAUACUCUGGUCCCUAUCCACCGACAAGCUUGGUCGACGCGCACCACCAUCAACACGUGCCAGACGCUCAUUUGCGUCAUCCUAUUUGUUGUCGGCGGUCUGUUCUGGACAGGGGCAACGACCGGCAACGCUACCGCCGGCACUGCUCUUGUGCGUCCCCCGGUGCCCCUGGCCCCCGGGCGGGCCUUCGCCCACUCUGUCUUCAGUGAACAUGUUUUUGCUGAUGUCUAUGCCACUCCGCCCAUGCUCCUCGCACUCAGUCUCAAGGCUGGUUUCGUCUUCGGCGCCUUCUCCGUGCCCAUUUGUAUACUCAUGUGGCUCUACCUCCCCGAGAGCAAAAGCCGUUCCGCUGCCGAAAUCGAUGAGCUGUACGAGCGCAAGAUCCCGGCAUGGAGGUGGUCCAACACUGUCACUGCCGCCGAGGAGCAGAUGCAUGUCGUUGUGCAGGUUAAAGGUACCAUCAAACAAGGCCAGGGACAGAGGCAUGCUCAGGCAUAA